AUGAACAUUAAAUCCGCCACCAAUGCUGAAGCAGCUCCUUCUGUGAUUAAGGACACGAAACAUAAGGAAGACAUCACGACUGAGAAGAAAAUAUCUGAUACGAUGGAGAUAAUGGAAGGAUUUGGUGUUCGUCUUCAUAAGAUCGAAGAAAAGAUGGAUCUGUUGAUCUCAUUGAUUAUGUCAAACCAUGAUGAUAAACGUGUCUCUGUAAAGGCCGAGGCGGAGAGCAUGCCUAUGGAUGAAUCAUACUCUGAUGAGGAACCUGCUAAGAUUGUCUCCCAUGAAAAGAAGGUCGGGGACUACCCAUCUAAUCCUUUUUUCAGUCGUCCUAGUGGUGGUCUUUUUGUCAAUGAAAAGAAGAUCGGGGAAUACCCAUCUAAGCCUAUUUUCAAUCGUCCCGGUGGUGGUCUUUUUGUCGGUGGUCAUUUUUCCGGUGGUCGUUGUGGUGGUCAAGGCCUCUGUACCUUAUGUUGA